GGUCCUGGUGACUGUGUUUGUAGACAGCAGAUACUCCCAAAACUUCUCGGUCCUUGCAUUGAGGCUUGUCAGAGUUAAAGUGACCGUUUAUUGGCCCUGUACGGCCUGUCUCACAUUUCACUAAGACAUGGUUAUUUAAAGGCGACCUACACGCUGUGCGGGCGAUAAGUAAAACAGUUUACUGUAACCUUCUCCAGUGGCUACCGAGAGAUCACGGAGUCAUUCGAGCCUACAAACCCAAUGGGGCGGCACGAGGGGUAAGAAGCCAAAGCUGCGUCGCUUUUAUUGCCCCGCCCGAGGCGGCUGACUGACAGCUGACUGCUGUACUUCGCUCUUUCUGCUUUUUAUCCUAUUAUUAUUCGUUACUUACUUUCAUUUCUCCCCGCCCUUAAAACCACGUCGCCAGAGAAGGGGAGCGUCUCAUCUGUCUCCGCUACUCCGGCGGUGAUAGCCAAGCAACCUACCUAAAAAGAGACGUCUAGAUUGUUCACGAAGACAGUUGCCUCUCUCUGGAGCUCUCCCCAACGUUUAUUUAUUCUUCCACGAGCGUGUCCUUGUUAAGCUGUAGUUAAAAAAAUAGAAGUUCAAAAGACUCGAGGCUCCUUCAGCCGGUCUUAUCUCAGCAGCGUAAGAGGAGGGGAAGAAAGAGCACAACAUCGAGAAGUGACGUUGCUGCUAGUCGAAGGAGAGAAGUGGCCAAAGGACUCCUUGCUUCGCGCUCAGGGGACGAAGGUGCGACUUGACUCCACGACCAUGGGGGUCACCUUAGGCGCCCCCGAUUCGCCCCCAGCCACUCGUCGGUCAUUUGCGUGAAGAAGGUAGCCCAGCACAGCGCGAGAGUUGCAAGCAGCUAGCCCGAGGAUCUGAACUGCAUAACUGGGAAGACACGCAGCUGCUGAUCUUCUGACUUUUCCCAGCACGUUUUGUCCUUUUUUUUCCACCGAGGAUUGUAUCUUAACCUGGAAUCUUUCGGCCUGUUCACACAGGUAACAAGACGGCCAGUUCUCAGAAUGGGCUAAUGAGUACCUUUGUAGGGAGGCUGGAGAAUUUGAAGAGUGCACAGAGAAUUCAUUUCAUUUGUGUUUAGAGUGUGAGUGAGCUACAGCAAGGUGCAGGAAAUGAGUUCUGGCAAGGAGGAAAGUGAAAAUCGUGGGAAUCAUGAUGAUGGUGAAUUUAUUCAUUUACAUCAUGGUGGAAGUUUCCCGCAGUAAUGGUGGCCAUGGCAAAAAUUCCCAUAAUACAGUGAUCGUGACAGAAAAACGAUUUUGGAAGAAACAGGUUCCAAGUGAAGCUUAUUGGAACAGACAGCAAGAAAUAAUGGAUUAUUUAUAUAAUCCCAUCCUAGGCACACUGAACAGCACUAUCUUGGAGGAAAUUAAAAAUGCUAACAUAAGCCUUUCGAGUUUGAAUUCUUGUGAGCCUGACCUUCAUGUGAAAACUCAAGUGAAGGAUUAUAACUUUCUGCCUAAUCGAUUCAAAGACUUUCUCCUCUACAUGAAAUGUAGGACUUACUCCCUGGUUGUCAAUCAGCCUACAAAAUGCAAAAACAGUCCCUUUCUUUUGCUGGCCAUUAAAUCCCUUUCUCCACACUUUGACAGAAGACAAGCAAUACGAGAGUCUUGGGGGAAGACUCAAAAAAUAGGCAACUACACGGUAGUUACUGUCUUUUUGCUAGGGAAUGCAACAGCUGUCGAUUUCUUUCCAAACCUCAGUGAAAUGCUGGAGCAUGAGAGCAAAAUGUACAAUGACAUUUUGCUUUGGGACUAUAGAGAUUCGUUUUUCAAUCUUACAAUUAAAGAGGUGCUGUUCCUGGAGUGGUUUUAUCAGUACUGUCAUGCGCAGUUCAUCUUUAAAGGUGAUGAUGAUGUUUUUGUGAACACUCACAGGAUUGUGGAGUACUUGAAGGUUUUACAGAAGCCAAAAGCCAAAGAUCUGUUUGUCGGGGAUGUUAUCACAAAUGCAGGGCCACACCGCAAUAAAAAACUGAAGUAUUUUAUUCCUGAGAGCAUGUUUGUGGGAUCCUACCCGUCUUAUGCAGGUGGUGGAGGGUUUUUGUAUUCUGGAGACUUGGCUUUGCGACUCUACAAUAUUUCUCAUCAAGUAUUACUUUUUCCUAUCGAUGAUGUCUAUACAGGAAUGUGCCUGAAAAAGCUGGGCCUCACUCCCGAAAAGCACAAAGGAUUCCGAACCUUUGACAUUGAAGAGAAAUACAGAAGCAAUCCUUGUGCUUACAGAAGCCUCAUACUUGUGCAUAGCCGAACGCCUCAGGAGAUGAUUCAGAUUUGGUCAUGGCUGAAAGAUUCAGAAGUAAAUUGCCAGUAAGGACAAAACCUUUGAGACUGUGCAAACUUGAAGCAUUAACCUCUUUAAUCGGUCUCAAGGCAUGGUCACCCUGUAGUCCAUGUAAGGAUGACAACUGUAUUCUGCACUUUGGCCUGGAGCCACGUCAGUAGCCAGAUUCAGUGUUGGUGGCAAAAUGUACUCUUCUUGAUAAGUUGCCUUUGAAAUUUUGGUGUGUGUGUGUGUCUGUGUGUCUUAAGUUAAUUAUAUCGGGGUAAAAGGUGGAGAUAAGUGUUCAUUGAGCCUUAAUGUGAAAUAUGAUUGAAUUAUUUUCUCUGUAUUUCAGAAUAUUUUUUGUAAGUAACAUGCUAACAUGUUUUAAUUAAAACCUCAGAAAUAUAUUAACUUGCUAUUUCUUUCAGUCAUAGCUGAGGAGGCAUCUUACUAGCGAGGGUGUAGUAUUUGAGCUUUCUGUACCCAUUUCACAGCAAAAAUAUAACAAUAAUGCAAUCAGUCAUCAGUAUUUCACUCCUCCAUAUUAGCCAACACCUUGCAAAAUAUAUUAUUUAAUUCUGCUUAGAUUUUUAGUGCAGUGUAGAAGAUUCACCAAUUCCAGUCCUUUUGUAAAUUAAAAAUAAAUCUGACAAAGAUGUAUUGCUGACUGAAACGUUUCACUUACAAAGAUUUGAUAUUUAGCAAUAAAUUUAGCAUUGGGUUUUAAUUUCUGUAUGCUUUGCAGCAAGAGGUGUAUAUAUAAUAUAAAUAAUAAGCAUGUAUGGUCUCUAAUCGUACAGCAUAGACUUCGGGUUAACACUUUUUAUGGACAGCUUGAGCUACUGUCAGGCUCUUUGUGUUUAUAACUUUUGUCAUUCUGCAGUUUUUGACUCUGCAGUAUUAAGUGCCUCAUUUUUUAGAUGCUGCACUGAUCUGGUAGUGAAGGUAAGCUGAAUGGUAAUAGAAGCGUAACAGUAUUCCUCUAGAUAUCUCUCAACAAUCCAAAGAGAAACGCACUGACUGCAAAUCAACAAUCAAAUGAAAUGUUCUGUGUGUCAGCUGUACUUCAGUAAAUAUCCUUUAUUUCAUACUGAAGUGUAAAGUUGGAAUAUACAGUAGUCUGAAAGUGCCUGUGAAAAAUGCUCCUGUCCUUAAGACCAUCUUCCGUUAUGCUGACGUGCCUUUUUUUUUCUUCUCAUGUACAGAUGAAACUUUACAGUUCUUUCUUCCAUGUGUGUCAUCGUCCAUUUACAUUUUCUGUUCUUGUGAUUCACAGCUUUCAUUUCUUUAUGUGUACUUGCUCCCUAAUAUUUACAGUAAUGAAUGACUGCAAAAUGAAUAAUGACAGUUAUUAGUCUUGUCUUUCAUUUUGAAAAUAUGUUGCUAGUCCUUGAAACAAAGAAUUUUGUAUUUUGUUUUAUGUUAUUUAUUGGAAUUUUUUUUUUUUUUUAAAUUGUUGCUCUCCACCUUCCUUGGUGAAUGUAAAUUUUUAGACUUUUUUCUAUGUAUCCAUUAUAAUACUAUUUUGAGAAGUGCACUGAAUUUUGAAUACUAUUGAAUAUUAAAGUUUAAAGAAGUUUAAAGAAUGUAAUGAACCAAAGACAGUUGAGCUGGCAGUAUAUUACUUCUUUAUUGUAUUCAUUUGUAAUCUUUUCUACUGCGAAAUGAAGAAGUAAGAGUGUGUGGGUGUGUGUGGGUGUGCUAACAGUGCUGCUUAUAAUCAUCCUGCACCUGUUUAUCAGACAUUCCGGCUGUUAUUUAUUAUAUGGAGCUGAAGACUAAGUGAUUUCUGUUAGUUUGUAUUUUCCAGAAUGUAUUUCAGCUUUUCAAUGUUAUACAGCGCAGGAGGUUUUGAUCACAUCUUUCUUGAUGUUCUUAAAAUUUUGUCAAGUUUUUGUCGAGAUGCUCCAGCUGUCUGCAAGUAGGCAGUUGAGGCUUUUUCAAAUAAAUGUUCAUCUUAAACCAAAAAGAAGCAAAAAAAAAAAAAACCAAAAAACCACAAUUUUUUCAUUAUGUUUGUUGCUCAGUUCUAUUUGUUCACUUUGCAUUGUUGUUCACAGUACUUGAUAUUUAACUUCUGUAUUUCUCCAGUAUUUAAGGUGCACCCACUAUGCUCUGUUUAUUUGAUGUUCCUGGAGAGGGUAGUGGAUGUGUAUAUUAAUUUUAAAACAUAAUGGUUGCUAUUUACCCCUUUUCAAGAUAAUAUUGCUAUAAUUAACACAUUGAGAAAACAGCUGAACUGCUGAUUUUAUGUUUAAAAAGUGAGGCCUUGGAUCUCGCCUGGCAAAAUUCCACUAAUCUGUUGAACACUUACUGCUUUAUUCUGGUCCUAUUUCACCUUCAGUAUCCUCCCCUUCGAUCUUAAAUGUCAACACUGGUCUGUAUGGUUAUGAGGAGCCCAAAUGAUAUUUUAUUCUGAUCUUUUUAACAUGAUAAUUGUUGAUAAUAAAGUGUUUUCUUAUAAGGAG